CGCGUUGACGUUGUGACGUCACAGUGAAAUAUCACGUGAUAACAACUUCAUAGUAACGUCAACAGUGACUGAACAAAUUCGCAACAAUGGCAAAAUAUAGGUGCACUGACGUUGAGUAUGAAGACAUAUACGACUUUGAUUAUUUGCGAGACCAAACACCGGUGCCACAGAGGCCCGGACGGACGUACACAUUAGAUGACAAAGGAGAAAUUGAGAAACCAUUCCGUCGGCCUCACAUCGACUCCGCCUCCGGGCAAAGACUUCCGCCGGCGGUUGUCAUCAAGGUAGGCGAAACGGGAAAUCCAAGCGGCCUGCCUCCGGUUCCACCGGGGAGGCGCCGAAACGCCGACAGAGCGUCUGUGUGCGCGACGCAAGACGCAAUGGUAAAACGCCGCUUCCCAACACGAGCGGAAGCACGUCCCGCGUCUGUCCUGGAGCAGCAAAGAAAGAUCCACACACCGGAAAUAGAAUUUCGAGGCGACUUCGACCUCCGCACUCAUCCCGCAGUGCAGGCCUAUGAACGACAGCUCCACAUGUCCAAGGUGAGAGCCUCUGUCCUGCAGUCCAUGGAGACCGUCGACGUCUGCCGGGCCUCAACAACCGGUACUGGGCCCUCGAAAAAUUCAAACCCUGAAAUCCCCAACGGUUCCUGUAGAAUCUCAUUACCGGAUAUAAGCCACAUGGUUUACCCAAGCGCACCAAUGGAUACUAGCAAUAGUUCCUUCCGAACCUCAGCCGCGGCCAACUGCGACGACCUGAUGACCGAGUUCAGACCGCAUCCCAGCGGAAGUGUUUUCGCUGAAAGGCUCAGGCAGUACGAAGACUCCAUUCGACCGAAAUGCACGUAUUCUAAUACUGAAUCGGGGCAUACUGGACACAGAGUCAGAAUAGGCGAUCAGUUUUGCCCUGCUCCUCCAGUCACGCCUAAGCCGAAGGAUAUGAUGUCACAGCGCGACUUUUACCGCCGUCGCACGCGCUUCCAGUCGUUUGACGUCGACGCGGACAUCUCCUGCCACAAGAGAUCGCCACUUCACAACAGGCUCGACUCUCAGCCUCCACCGGAAGUGGACGAAGACUUCGAUGCGGAGAUCGCAGAAGCCGUCCGUGUAGAGAAGGAAAUGGCAGCGUUAAACCGCCACCUUGCUGAGAAGCAGACAAAGAUGAGCGAAUACUUCAGGGACAUGGAUAUCCAGAAGCCGUCCACCGCCGCUGCCGCUAACUGCAACCUGCCUGAUUGCACGACUCCAUGCUUCUUCCCGCCAGAGGCCGUGCCCGUAAAGACACGGGAACAAGUGCGCCCCUGGGACGGAAAAAGCGCCAAAAGGAAGCUAGGCUUCCGGUCCAAGUUCAAAAAGGAAGAGCCAGAGCGGAAGUCCGGUCUCAGCGUGGACACCAUUCCAGAGAGGAUCAGGAAACAGAUGAAGAAGUACUUCACUUGAAAGACUGAACUUGUGUUUAGUGUUAAUAAUGUUAUGUGUUUUUUUUAACUUUCAUAAUGUUCUAUGUUUGUACUCAAUAAACACGGACCGAAAA